CCUUGAUGCAGUUACGCCAUUUUCUUCAAAUGUUUACCAAAUUACAUGCUACAAAAAUUGAUUUAUUUCAUUGAAAAGUGGAUGAAGAAAAGCAUACUAAUUUAUUUGAUAACAUCAAUCUACAUUAUUUUGUUUUAUGAGGAGAAUGAAGACACAAAUGGAGAACGACAAGGAUGAGCUGUUGAGGAAACUAGAGGACUAUACCAUUACAGAAAGUCCUAGCAUAUCUACAAUCCGACCAAGGUCACCCGUACAGUCAACCCGUAAAAUACCGAACCCGGACGUGCCGACAUAUGUUAAGUAUGAGAUACCUUCAAAUACUAAAUGUGCGAUAUGUGAGCACGUGUUUGCCGUGUUCCACGAGCACGAGGCAGUACCAUGUCGAGUGUGUGAUGAUGUCUUCCAUAAAGAUUGUCUGAUGAGAUGUGGAGAUCUUACAGAUACAGACAAACAUAACAUAGACAAAGCAAGGUCCAAUAUCGGAUGGAGCUGUCCGCAUUGCGCAAACAUUUUGCUGUUAUUAACGACUGAAGAAGUGAAGGCGAUGACAUAUUUAUUCGAGAAAAUAGACUUCAAUCAAGAUUUACAAAUUUCACUGACGGAGUACCUUCACCAUUUUUCACGCCGGUGUUCACUGACCAACAAACGUGGCCAGCUAUUACCGGCAGAACGGGACAGACUUUCACGCAAAUUCAAAUACAUGGACAUGAACAAAGAGGGAAAACUGGACUGGUGGGAAUUUGUCAACCACGAAAGUAAACUUUAUCCGGCUGAUAAAAACAAAUAUGAUUUGGUUGAUCUAUUAACCAAGAAGGAACUGUGUGCAGCCAAGGCAAUAUUUAACAAGAUGGAUACCGACGGCGACGGCAGAAUCAGGGAAUAUGAAGUAAAAGAGACCUUCAAACAUUGGUACAGAAAUUUCGAAAGUCAGAAGCCUAGCUUGAAGACAGAGAUGGUGAAAGACUCGGACAUCCUUGAUCUACAUGCCAGUGUUUUCACCCAGUUGGUCAUGGAAUCUAAUAACAGUCAGGGUGAUGUGAAAUGGGAGGAUUUCAUAUUAGACCAGGCAUUGUAUAUCAUUUGUGCUCGACCAAACAUCAACAUAUAGGAGAAAGGAUACAAAUCAACUUGAAAACACCAUUCAAAGUUUUUAACAAUUCUCAGGGAUUAUUUGUCAGUUGAAACAGCAAAUGCUAAAAAUGUGUAUCUCUGACACAAAGACGGUUUAAGCACUGGUAUGGAAGGAAUGUUGUAUGUGAAGUAUAUAAUUUUAACUUGUGUUAUUGUGUAUAUAUGAUGAGAACAGAAAUAGUACAUUUUUUACAAUCGGAUUUCAAAUUUUUGUGCUAUGUAAUAUGUAUUAAAAACAAGAGGGCCAAGAUGGCCCAAGGUCGCUCACCUGAGAAACACACCAUAACAGUGUAAACAUGUUUGAUCUAGGGAUUUCUGGCCAAUUUUCAUUACAAUUGGACCACAAAUGUGGUCUCAAAUAUUUUAUUUGAUAUGACCUAGUGACCUAGUUUUUGACCCCAGGUGGAUGACCCAUAUUCAAAUUUGACUUAGAUUUCAUCAAGGCCAUCAUUCUGACCAAAUUUUAUGAAGAUCAGUUGAAAAAUACAGCUUCUAUCGCAUACACAGUGUUUUUCUUUGAGUUGACCUAGUGACCUACUUUUUUACCACAGAUGACCCAUAUUCAAACCUGACCUAAAUUUCAUCAAUGCAAUCGUACUGACCAAAUUUAAUGAAGAUCAAUUGAAAAAUACAGCCUCUAUCGCAUACACAAGGUUUUUCUUUGAUUUGAACUAGUGACCUAGUUUUUUUACUCCAGAUGACCCAUCAUCUAACUUGACCUAGAUUUCAUCAAUGCAAUCAUUCUGACCAUAAUUCAUGAAGAUCAAUUGAAAAAUACAGCCUCUAUCGCAUACACAAGGUUUGUCUUUGAUUUGACCUAGUGACCUAGUUUUUAACCCCAGAUAACCCAUUUUCGAACUUGGGCGAGAUUUUAUCAAGGUUAUUAUUCUGACCAAAUUUCAUGAAGAUCAAUUGAAAAAUACAGCCUCUAUCGCAUACACAAGGUUUUUCCGUGAUGUGACCUGUUGACCUAGUUUUUGAUCCCAGAUAACCCAUUUUCGAACUCAGCCUAGAUUUCAUCAAGGUAAUCAUUCAGACCAAAUUUCAUGAAGAUCAGUUGAAAAAUACAGCCUCUAUCGCAUACACAAGUUAAAUGUUGACGGACGACAGAUGCCGGACAUCGAGCGGUCAGAAAAACUCACCCGACCAUUGCUCAGGUGAGCUAAUAAUAGGGGAUCGAUCCCUCUACGGUAACAUGCGAUAUACCGAAUUAGAUAUAUACUGUCGAAUUAAAAAAUAUGUCCUUCCGGCACGUGCUCAGAGCAUCUGACUUCGGAUUUUGUUUUAGUAAGCGUCUACAUAACUUGUCCCAAUCGCAACGUCUUGCACAUCAGUACAAAUAAGGGAAGUUGUUGUUUUUAUUCCAAAAUCUACCUUUAAACUGAUAGGGAAUCGAUCUACGAUAACAUGCGAUAUACCGAAUGAGAUAUUUACUAUCAAAUUUAAAAAACAAGAGGGCCAUGAUGGCCCUAGGUCGCUCACCAGAGUAACACACCAUAACAAACAUGUUUGACCUAGUGACCCAGUUUUUGACACCACAUGACGCAGUUUCAAACUCAUCUGAGUUUUCAAGGACAUAAACAUUCUGACCAAGUUUCAUGAAGAUUGGGGCAAAAAUGUGGCCUCUCGUGUUUUUUCUUCAAUCUGACCUAGUAACCUAGUUUUUACACAACCGGAGCUAAUUUUUAACCUGUCCGAAAUUUCAUAGAGACAAAUAUUCUGACCAAUUUUCAUUAAGAUUGGACCAAAAAAUGUGGCCUGAGUGUAAAAAAGAGCGCCAAGAUGGCCCUAGGUCGCUCACCUGAGAAACACACAGUAACAGUGUAAAUAUGUUUGACCUAGUGAUUUCAUGGAAACAUAUAUUCUGUUUAAUUUUCAUGAAGAUUGAACCAAAAAUGUGUAAACAAGUAUUUUAUUCCAUUUGACCUAGUGACCUGGUUUUUGAGCCAAGAUGACCUACAUUCGAAGGCUAUCAUUCUGACCAAAUUUCAUGAAAAUCAAUUGAAAAAUACGGUCUCUAUCGCAUACACAAGGUUUUUCUUUGUAGUGACCUAGUUUUUGACCACAGAUGAGACAUAUUCUGACUUGACCUAGAUUUCAUUAGGGCAAUUAUUCUGACUAAAUUUUAUGAAUAUCCAGUGUAAAAUGCAGCCCCUAUUGCAUACACAAGGUUGUUCUUUAAUUUGACUGGGCGACCUAGAUUUUGACCCUAGAUGACCCAUAUUCUAACACGACCCAGACUUCAUCAAGACAAACAUUCGGAUCAAAUUUCAUGAAGAUGCAGUAUAAAAUGCAGCCCCUAUUGCAUACACGAGGUUUUUCUUUGAUCUGACCUAGUGACCUAGUUUUUGACCUUAGAUGACCCAUAUUCGAACCUGACCUAGAAUUUAUCAAAGCAAUCAUUCUGACCAAAAUUCAUAAAAAUCAAUUAAAAAAUACAGCCUCUAUCGCAUACACAAGGUUUUUCUUUGAUUUGACCUAGUGACCUAGUCUUUGAUCCUAGAUAACCCAUUUUUAAACUUGGCCUAGAUUUCAUCAAGAUAAUUAUUCUGACCAAAUUUCACGAAGAUCAGUUGAAAAAUACAGCCUCUAUCGCAUACACAAGGUUUCUCUUUGAUUUAACCUAGUGACCUAGUUUUUGACCCCAGAUGACACAUUUUUCGACGUUGGCCUAGAUUUCAUCAAGGUAAUCAUUCUGACCAAGAUCCAUGAAGAUCAAUUGAAAAAUACAGCCUCUAUCGCAUACACAAGGCUUUUCUUUGAUUUGACCUAGUGACCUAGUUUUUGACCCCAGAUGACCCAUUUUCGAACCUGGCCUAGAGUUCAUCAAGGUAAUCAUCCUGACCAAGUUUCAUGAGCUAACAAGCAUUUUCUUUCAUUUGACCUAGUGACCUAGUUUUUUGACCCCACAUGACCCAAAUUAAAACUAGUCCACGAUUUCAUGAAAACAACAUUCUGACAAAAGUUUUGUGAAGAUUGAAGCAAAAAAGUGGCCUCUAGAGUAUAAACAAGCUUUUCAUUUGAUUUUACCAAGUGGCCUAGUUUUUGACCCUACAUAACCACACCCUAUAACCUGAUGCCCACCACGCCGAGGGAUGCGGCUGUCACAGAGGUCAGAAAUCAAUAACGAUGAGUAGUGGUGUUAGUCUUUUAAGCUGUAUUUUUUCAUUUCGACUUUCCAUGAAAAUAUUCUGGCGCAAGCAUACGUGUAAAUGCCUUAAGAUAUUAUGUAAUUAAUCCUGGUGACCAAUUUUGCGAAAUAAAGAAGAAUUCAGCUGUUUAAAUUGGACGUUUAUUAAAAUUGAUGUGAAAAUCAUAUUUAAAGGCCCCAUUCGAAGUGUUUACAAAAUAUUUUGAUCGGAUUUACCUCACACGCCAAACCAUCAAUCAUCUGGGGAUAGUCCUGGCAAGUUUCAAGUCUGUCCGUACGUCUACACCGACGUUCUGACCCUCCAAAGGGACCCGGGUAUAGUCACGCAUGAUAAACCUUACCGCAGAGUGCAUUUUUAAAUGAUGCCCAUCCCGCUGAGGAGUCAAAAUAUAGGAUACCGUUUACGGCAGAGGGGAAUUUGGUGUAAAAACGUCUAUUUUGGCUGUUUGUUGCGCUUUUAAGACUUGGAGGUCAUGGAAUCAUUUGCAGUAUGCAUUGUUUAUACUUGUGUUUAAAAUGGGCUAUUUUCAAUGGUGAACACCGCUGUAACACAGUGUUAGUCAGUCUAGAUUGAACUUCUAUCUAUCUCCGACGUUGCAUACUAUCUGCUACAUGUAUAGAUUGGUUCUGCUGCAGUAAAUGUUCAUUUUGUAUCAAUUUCUUUUAUGAUGAAAUAUACAGAAAUAAUGAUAUCUUAAGUUCUGGUACUUGCGUUCUUGCAGGAUUCAGUGUUGAAGUUACGGUUAAUAUUAGAUAUUAAAUCGUUUUGCAUUUAUUAUAUACAGCUUUCAUUUAAAUACACAUCUGAUCAUAUAGUUUAACACAGUUUGUUGAGUAGUAUAUUUAAGCAUAUGUAUUUGAAAUAUAUGAGAAUUGUUUUUUAAAAAAAUGCUAAGACACUGAUUUGCAGCUUACGCUAGAAUGAUUGACCAUUUAGUUACAGGGAACUGAAACAGAUGAAAACAUUUGGAAU